AUGGAUUUUGGAUGUUGGAGAAGCAACGAUUGGAACAGUCUUGACUGCCUUAUUUUAUUUCUUAACCACACAACUAACUGCAUAAUUAUUUGUUUUAUCGACGUGGUAACACGAGAAGAGUGAAAUGUUUUAUCUCGUUUCGGUACAAGGUUGAGUGUUAUAUUUGAAAGUUAAUAAGCUAGUGACUAUAUAGUGAAGACUGCACGUUACCAAGCAGUGGCUGAUGGUUAACAUGAAAAAAGUCAAACCAAAGCAAGAAAUAGAGCAGAAAAAAAAGGUUGAAGAAACAAACUGUGCUGAAGUUUAUGAAGAAUUUGUGGCAUCAUUUGAAGGAGCAGCAUCAAAAGGAAAAACAUUUGUGCGAGGAAAUGUUGUUAACCCUGGGGAAUCAGAAGAAGCGACAUCUGAAAAGGCAGGACAACUUUACACUUUGAAAGCUAAUAUUUCACAAGAUACCACAGUCAAACCAGCUUUCUCUUCCAAAACAAAGGAGACAUUAAAGAAACGAAAAGAAAAAGAAAAAAAGAAGAGCAAUCUUGAACUUUUUAAGGAAGAAUUGAAAAAACAACAAGAAGAAAGAGAACUUCGUCAUAAAUUAAAAAAAGGAGAACUUGAUGAUAUACCAAGAGAUGUUUUUGACAAUUUUCCAACUCUGUUAUCAGCUCCACCUAAAGAGGAGCCAUAUACGUAUGGAUCUUAUGAUACUGGUGAUCCUAACACAACAAACCUUUAUAUUGGAAACAUAAGUCCUGAGAUGAAUGAAGAACAAUUAAUGAAAUUAUUUGGUCAGUUUGGACCAUUGGCCAGCGUUAAGAUUAUGUGGCCAAGAACUGAGGAAGAAAAAUCUCGAAACAGGAAUUGUGGUUUUGUUGCUUUCAUGAAAAGAAAAGAUGGAGAUAAGGCACUUAGUGCUUUAAAAGGCAAAGAAAUCCAGGGAUAUGAGAUGAAACUUGGGUGGGGUAAAGCAGUACCUAUCCCUCCACAUCCCAUUUAUAUCCCUCCAGAAAUGCAAGAGGCUAAUAAGCCACCCCCACCCUCAGGCCUGCCGUUUAACGCCCAACCUGGGAAAGUGGAAGAUUCGGAGCAUGAUGAUACACCGGAGUUAUUUGAUAUGAACGGCAUCAGUAACAAGACUCUAGCCAACGCGGUUGUCAAAGUUGUUAUCCCGACAGAAAGGCCAAUUCUUCAUCUUAUCCAUCGAACCAUCGAAUUUGUGAUUUUGGAAGGACCAAUUUUUGAGGCGAUGAUUAUGAACCGGGAACUCAAUAAUCCACAAUUCAGGUUUAUGUUUGACAACCAAAGCCCGGAACAUAUUUACUACAGAUGGAAGUUAUUUUCAAUACUCCAGGGUGACAGUCAAACAAAAUGGAAGACGAAGCAAUUUCGAAUGUUCAAAAAUGGUUCGGUUUGGAGACCUCCCAACUGUACCUCGUAUUUAGGAGAAAAUGCCGACGAACAGGAGGAUGUAAAAGAAGAAAUCAAGAGAGAAAAGAAACCAUUGACUGAAGCAAAACCCGCCUCAAAACCAUCAAGAAAAGGACUGCUGAGUGACAGACAACGAGACAAACUUGAAAACAUGUUACGAGAAUUGAUAUCAGAAAGAAGUAAGAUUGCAGAAUGUAUGAGAUGGUGUAUUGAUCACGCUGAAGCAGCUGAUGAGAUUUCGGACUGCAUGUCGGAAUCUCUAUCAAUUCUUGAAACUCCGCUGACGGUGAAAAUUGCCAGACUCUAUGCUGUGUCUGAUGUCCUCUAUAACUGCACCGCCAAAGUUCGCAAUGCUUCAUUCUAUCGAAAGAGUUUUGAAACAAAGUUACCUGAAAUAUUUCAAAAUCUAAAUGAAACAUUCCAAGCAGUGAAAACACGAAUGAAGGCUGAACAGUUUCGGAAACAAGUCUUAAAAUGUUUGGCUGCGUGGACCUCUUGGGCAAUUUAUCCGCCUGAUUUUUUAGUAAAUCUUCAAAACAUCUUCCUUGGACAGUCACAGAAAAGCGUCACUGAUCAGUUUAUUGUAAAUCGUAACCGCAACAUAUUUGACAUCAAGAGUACGGAUCGCGAUGAUGACGAUGAUAUUGUAAUAUCAGAUAUUGAUGGCUUUCCUUUGCGAAAAGAUUCAUCUGAUCCAUUGACUGAUCUUGAUGGAAUACCAAUGGAUGAUAUUGAUGGCAAACCAAUGAAGACAGUGUCCCCCACUCACAUUCCAUCGAAAUGGGACCAUCCUGCAGAACUUGCGUCGAAAUGGGAUGGCAGUGAAACAGAAUCAAAAUGGGAGAGGGUUAAAGAGCAAACAAACACGAGCGAGGUUUCAAAAGAAAUCUCAGUUGAUGCGGCAAAAAGUGUAAAAGAUAUCGAUGAAGAUAAACGAAAAAGAUUACGAGAAGUUGAAAUUAAGGUGGCGAAAUACGCAGAUAAAUUAGAAUCAAGUGGCAAAGAAUCUCCAAGUAGUAUUAAAGAAAAAGUAGAACAAUUUAGACAACAGCUUUUAGAGGAAAAUGAGCCCCGUAAGUCUAAGAAAAAGAAACGUCAUUUAUCUCCUGCUGAAGAAUCUUCCAAGAAACGAAAAUCUCGAAGUCGUUCAAGUAGUCCUUCACGUCAUCGUCGUUCUUCAUCGUCAUCGUCAAGUCCAUCUCCUUCUGCAUUGACUAAAUCUCUGCAGUCGCUGAAGAGUUAUAACUCGCCCGCUUCAUCCCCACACUCCCGACAGCGUUCUCCUUCGCCGUCAACGGAGAAGAGACGGCGCGAUAGCUCGCCAAGAAAAAAAUCCUCGAAGAAAAAGCGAUCAAGAUCGAAAUCUCCAAAGAGCAGUAAAAAAACUAAACGAAAAGAUAGAAGUCGAAGUCGGAGUCCUCCAGCCAGCAAGAGUUCCAAGAAACCUAAAUGACAUGCAUUUCAAAGAACUAGUGCUUAAAUCAUCUGAGAUCUUGGAACGCUUCUAUCCAUGCUGUCGUUACAUUCAAUGCUCGCAAUAAUUGUCAUUGAAAAAAUGAAGUUCAUGAACGUUCCGAUGCUUUUCACAAACGUGAAGUGAAUAACAAGUGUCCAAAAAACCUACUCGUAUAUAAGAUACAGUGCUGUAUUUUACAUACAUUCAGAUGACUUUCUUUCGCGUGGAAAUCAGCGACGUCAUUCCUUUCAUUCAAACUGAAGGCCCUAGUUUUUAGCAUCUAAUAGCCUAGCAGGAUUGGAAUGCAUUAUGACAAAAUAUAUAUCGCUUUGCGAUCUUGGAGGACAAUGAUUUAUUGGUGUAUUGAGAAGGGGCUCAAUCAACGUCAUAAAACUUCAGGGUUACAUAGUGACAAUGUUUUUAUCCACGUUGAUUUUGAUAAAUAACCUUUUUUACUCAAUUUUGCCUGUUGAAAAGCAGUCAUUCUGUCAAACUUCGACUUUUUUUAAUUUUUUUCAGCACAUAUUUAUGAUAACAGAGAGCUCCUCUUUGAUAAAUACACUUCUGAAAUAACUACUGACGUGUAGAUUAUUCAUCUUUACACUUGUACAUCAUAUGUAUUAAAGAUAUAGAACUAGAAACGAGAAAUUAUACUAUUUGAUA